CCACCGUGCCAGGCCACGUGCGAUGGUUGCUUCUUCUAAUUGGCUCUGCUGGGCCAGUUUGAACGGUAUACGGAAGCCGCGGCGGCUCAUCCCCGGCCGCGUUUCUUUCUUUCUUUCUUUUUUUUUCCCAAUUCCCUCUCUUUGGCUCCCUCCUUCCGCGCGAGUCUCUGGAGAAGCCACAUCGCAAGGAGACGCUGCUGCCGCCCGGGGCUGGCUCGCCUUGCACCAUGGACUGGCAGCCAGAUGAGCAGGGGCUGCAGCAGGUCCUGCAGCUGCUCAAAGACUCGCAGUCACCCAACACAGCUACCCAACGCAUCGUACAAGAUAAACUCAAACAACUGAACCAGUUUCCAGACUUCAACAACUACCUGAUCUUCGUCCUGACCAGACUCAAGUCGGAAGAUGAGCCGACUCGCUCUCUCAGUGGCCUCAUCCUCAAGAACAACGUGAAGGCACAUUACCAGAGCUUUCCGCCACCUGUGGCUGACUUCAUCAAACAGGAAUGUCUCAACAACAUUGGUGACGCCUCCUCGCUCAUCCGAGCCACCAUAGGCAUUCUUAUCACCACCAUAGCUUCUAAGGGUGAGCUACAGAUGUGGCCCGAGCUGCUGCCCCAGCUGUGCAACCUGCUCAACUCAGAGGAUUACAACACUUGUGAGGGAGCCUUUGGAGCCUUGCAGAAAAUCUGUGAAGACUCCUCUGAGCUUCUGGAUAGUGAUGCCCUCAACCGGCCUCUCAACAUUAUGAUCCCCAAGUUCCUGCAGUUCUUCAAGCACUGUAGCCCCAAGAUCCGGUCCCAUGCCAUCGCCUGUGUGAACCAGUUCAUCAUGGACCGGGCCCAGGCACUGAUGGACAACAUUGAUACCUUUAUUGAGCAUCUGUUUGCUCUGGCCGUGGAUGAUGACCCUGAGGUGCGGAAGAAUGUCUGCCGAGCCCUGGUGAUGCUGCUGGAAGUGCGGAUUGAUCGGCUCAUCCCCCACAUGCACAGCAUCAUCCAGUACAUGCUACAGAGGACCCAGGACCAUGAUGAGAAUGUUGCCCUUGAAGCCUGUGAAUUCUGGCUGACGCUGGCCGAGCAGCCCAUCUGCAAGGAAGUCCUGGCUUCCCACCUGGUCCAGUUGAUUCCUAUACUGGUAAAUGGGAUGAAGUACUCAGAAAUUGACAUCAUCCUGCUGAAGGGGGAUGUGGAGGAGGACGAGGCAGUUCCUGACAGCGAGCAGGACAUCAAACCUCGCUUUCACAAGUCUCGCACAGUGACACUGCCCCAUGAGGCUGAGCGGCCUGAUGGCUCUGAGGACGCUGAGGAUGAUGAUGAUGAUGAUGCUUUGUCCGACUGGAAUCUGAGAAAGUGCUCAGCAGCAGCCCUGGAUGUUCUGGCCAAUGUCUUCCGGGAGGAACUUCUGCCCCACCUACUCCCCCUGCUCAAAGGUCUCCUCUUCCACCCUGAGUGGGUAGUCAAGGAGUCAGGCAUCCUGGUGCUGGGUGCCAUCGCAGAGGGUUGCAUGCAGGGCAUGGUGCCCUACCUGCCUGAGUUGAUCCCACACCUCAUCCAGUGCCUGUCAGACAAGAAGGCCCUCGUCCGGUCCAUUGCCUGCUGGACGUUAAGCCGCUAUGCCCACUGGGUGGUCAGCCAGCCGCCGGACAUGCACCUCAAGCCCCUGAUGACGGAGCUGCUGAAGCGCAUCCUAGAUGGCAACAAGAGGGUGCAGGAGGCAGCCUGCAGUGCCUUCGCCACCCUGGAGGAGGAGGCCUGCACAGAGCUGGUACCCUACCUCAGCUACAUCCUGGACACCCUUGUCUUUGCCUUUGGCAAGUACCAGCACAAGAAUCUGCUUAUCCUCUAUGAUGCCAUUGGUACCCUGGCUGACUCUGUGGGCCACCACCUCAACCAGCCGGAAUACAUCCAGAAGCUGAUGCCUCCGCUGAUCCAGAAGUGGAACGAGCUCAAGGAUGAAGACAAGGACCUCUUCCCUUUGCUGGAGUGCCUGUCAUCUGUGGCCACUGCCCUGCAGAGUGGCUUUCUGCCCUACUGUGAGCCUGUCUACCAGCGCUGUGUCACCCUGGUGCAGAAGACAUUGGCCCAGGCUAUGAUGUACACCCAGCACCCUGAGCAGUAUGAGGCCCCCGACAAGGACUUCAUGAUUGUGGCACUGGACCUGCUCAGCGGCCUGGCCGAGGGCCUGGGUGGCCACGUGGAACAGCUAGUGGCCCGCAGCAACAUCAUGACACUGCUCUUCCAGUGCAUGCAGGACUCGAUGCCUGAGGUCCGACAGAGUUCCUUCGCCCUCUUGGGAGACCUCACCAAAGCCUGCUUCAUCCAUGUCAAGCCCUGUAUCGCUGAGUUCAUGCCCAUCUUGGGCACCAACCUAAACCCUGAAUUCAUCUCUGUAUGCAACAAUGCCACCUGGGCCAUUGGUGAGAUCUGCAUGCAGAUGGGGGCAGAGAUGCAGCCCUAUGUGCAGAUGGUCCUCAACAAUCUGGUGGAGAUCAUUAACCGGCCCAACACUCCGAAGACGCUGUUGGAAAACACAGGUCGCCUGACGAGUUCCUCUGCCAUUCCAGCCAUCACCAUUGGCCGCCUGGGCUACGUGUGCCCACAGGAGGUGGCACCUAUGCUGCAGCAGUUCAUCCGGCCUUGGUGCACCUCCCUCAGGAACAUCAGGGACAAUGAGGAGAAGGACUCAGCCUUUCGAGGCAUCUGCAUGAUGAUAGGCGUCAACCCUGGGGGCGUUGUGCAGGACUUUAUUUUCUUCUGCGAUGCUGUAGCCUCCUGGGUGAGCCCGAAGGAUGACCUUCGGGACAUGUUUUAUAAGAUUCUCCAUGGUUUCAAAGACCAAGUCGGGGAGGAGAAUUGGCAGCAGUUCUCGGAGCAGUUCCCACCACUGCUCAAGGAGAGGCUGGCCGCCUUCUAUGGGGUCUAGAAGAGCGUGGGGACCAUCAGGUUUCUGUGUCCUCGUAGGAGGGGUUGCUGGGGAUCGCACUGCGUCCAGAAGUCGCCGAGCCCUGGUCGAGGGGGGUUAGGGAGGAGUGAGCGGGACCCAAAUCCAGAUGCCUUGCCUGUCCAUCUACCUGCCUGGCCCAGCCUAUGCGGAUGGGCAGGUGGGUGGGGCCUCCAUGCUCACCUACAAAUGGGAGGGGGGGGUGGGACUUCUUGGCGGCAAGGGCCCCUUGCUCUCAUUGGGGUUCACCUCAGGCAGCCCAUUUGGACCAGCCAAGUGGGAGGGAAGAAUCAACACAGCCAACUGAAUCUGGCUUAGGAUGAGGCAAGGGAAAGCAGGCGGGGAGGGGGGUCCUUGUAGACAAGUACACUCACACGUACACACGUGGUCACACGCAUGUGUGGGCGCUGCAGCCAACCAGGCUGGGCCAGCUGCCCCACCAUUUCCCCGACUGCAUGGAGACAGUAGAAUUAGUGAACCCCUGAGUUAACCUGUAAGGCCUUCCGUGUAACCUGCAUCUAGAGUUUAAGAAGCUUCUGCUGUUUUGCGAGAAUUGGCGGUGAUUGGGGAGGGCUGGGUGGGUUGGGGGCCUCUGCAGGGACCCUAGGGCGGGGUGGGGGGAAGAGAUCAGCCAUCUUGGGGCUACCCAGUCAGCACGUGCACGCUUUGGAUCUGCUCAGCACACUUCCUGCCAGCUCUGGCAGCCUCAGCCAGUGUGUCCCCUUCAAUGUCCCGCCCUAGCCUGGAAAGUGGGGACCUCCAGAGUGGCUGGGUCUGCCCAGCGGGCACCCUUUCUCCCUCCCCUGUGCUCCAGCGGUUUUUGAAGACCCUGCGUGGGGGGCCUUUUUCCUGAAGAGACCUGGGGUGGCCACCUGAGUUGCUGAUACCUACUUCUCUGUGACUUCUUCAGCAAAUUUGUUUCAAGGGCAGUCUAUUUCUCUGCUUCUGCAAACCCCCUUCUCAAGUUCCAGGCCUAAGUUUUAACACGAGGGUCAAGGCAGGGGCAUUAAAUUGAUCAAUGGCAGAAGACUAAGGUAUAAGUUUUGCCAACAAGAUGGAAACCGAGGACUUGGAAAAGGGAAAAAGGUCAUGUAACUGCUGAAUCCCAACUCUGGGCCUGGCACCCUGUUCAUCCUAGCUUGCAGUGGGUCCCGGGACCCUGCCAGAUUGGGGCAGUGAAUCUAGAGAAACUUUGGGGAUUGAUUAGGGGGACUGAGUCAUGAUGGGAGAGUCUCCUAGAGAGGGAGGGGCUAUGGCUACUUUGCAGUUGGUCUUAAAACUGAAACCUGACCCUGUAGGCCUCCUUAUAUUUUCCUUUUUCUCUUACUUUCUACUUUGCGGGGCCCUUUUGGCAUCUUGUGUGUGUGGGGGGGUUUGACAGGAGUCCUGUUUUCUGGGACCUUCUCCAACCAUCCUCUGGGGCCCUGGAUUUCACCCCCAUUAGCCCUGUAUCUUCUCAGACAGGGUCAGACCCUGCUUCUGUGCCCAGGGGCACUUGGUACACAUUCCAUAAGCACAGUUUUUCCCCCUGUGAAACUCCAGCAGGUCCUCUGGGAACCAUUUGUUAAAAAAAAAUUGUUUAAUUUUCUGGUAAUUCCAGUUCUUUGGAGCAGCCUCUGCUGGAACUUGGGGUUUGUGGAUGGGUCUGAUGGGAUUGGUAAUACCCUUUCUUCACCCAGGAUUUUUUUUUUUGGGGGGGGGGGUUCAAGCCACCUUCAGGGAAUGGAAGGAGAGAGCCUGGUUCUAGUUUUUUUUUUUUUUUUUUAAAGAGAUCUAUUUAAUUUUUUAAUUUAUUUUUGGUUGAUUUUUGCACAACGAAGUUUCAACUUCUCAAUCUUCUCCCCUGCCCGGGGCUGCAGACCCUAACUGGCCUGGAUCUGCAGUCCCUCUCACCCUGUUUACCACAUCUCCCUGUACCCCUUCCCCUCCUCUCCACGGGCUCCGGGGUCUGUCCAUUUGUUACUGUGCUGUGCUGGGGAUUGGUGCUGAGAUGGUGUGGUGAGAUUCCACUUGUGUAGAACUUUGUUGAGUAAAGAUCAGUUUCUUGUGAAACCCUUGGUCUCCAUCUGGCCUGCUAUGUCUACGGCUUUGACAGAAGAGGGGGGAGCCUGGGAAGCUUUAGAAAUGGGGAUGCAUAGGACUCAGACCAGGAAAAUUGGGGGAAUGGGGAAGUAAGCAGGCACUAACCAGGCGCAUUUCUUGGAAACCCAAAGCCUCUCAAUUCCCUGUAAAAUGCAAAGGUGAACCUGAAAGGCAAAGAUUAAAUGUGAUAACAUGCAGUGUGUUCUCUGUAGCAUAAUCACAGCUCAUUAAACAUCCUGAACUCACUAGAGGGAACUCAGCCAUUAGCCUUACAGCUCAGGUUUAUGAACCCCCAUCUGCCAGAUUCUGAAUUGAGUGGUAACAGUUCUGUCAUCAUUGACUGAUCUUGCAAGUCUGGAUUGUU